UUUAGACUGGAACCAUUGAGGAGAAGAUCUUCCAGCGUCAGACACACAAGAAAGCUUUGAGUAGCUGCGUGGUGGACGAAGAGCAGGACGUGGAGAGACAUUUCUCUGUCGGAGAACUGAAGGAACUCUUCACACUGAACGAGGAGAUGACGAGCGACACUCAUGACAAGUUCCGGUGUCGCCGCUGUGUGAACGGACGUCAGGUACGGCCGCCCCCCGAUGGCACAGACUGCACCUCAGACUUAUCUCAGUGGAAUCACUGCGCAGACAAGCGUGGCCUGCAGGAUACCGUCUUGGUGGAGGCAUGGGAUGCUGCUGUGACCUUCACAUUUCACCAUCGCUCACACGAGGAGCAGAGAGGGGUUGUAUAG